GGGGACUGCCGCCUCCGCCUCUUCCUCAGCGGCAGCGGGGCAGCCGGAUCGCGGUGGCGGCUGCUGCUGCGCGGAGGGAGCGCGGAGCGGAGGGAUGUGGGGCUUUGGAGGAGGCAGGAUCUUCGCGAUCUUCUCCGCUCCCGUCCUGGUGGCCGUGGUCUGCUGCGCCCAGAGUGUGAACGAUCCCGGCAACAUGUCCUUCGUGAAAGAAACUGUGGAUAAAUUGUUGAAGGGCUACGACAUCCGCCUCCGGCCGGAUUUCGGAGGUCCGCCCGUCUGCGUGGGGAUGAACAUCGACAUCGCCAGCAUCGACAUGGUUUCCGAAGUCAACAUGGAUUACACUUUGACUAUGUAUUUUCAACAGUACUGGAGAGAUAAGAGGCUGGCUUAUGCUGGCAUACCUCUCAACCUCACGCUUGAUAACCGAGUGGCAGAUCAACUCUGGGUGCCCGACACUUACUUCUUAAAUGACAAGAAAUCAUUUGUGCAUGGUGUUACCGUGAAGAAUCGAAUGAUUCGCCUUCACCCGGAUGGAACAGUGCUUUACGGCCUCAGAAUCACAACCACUGCGGCUUGUAUGAUGGACUUGAGAAGAUACCCAUUAGAUGAACAGAACUGUACUCUGGAAAUAGAAAGCUAUGGCUACACAACUGAUGACAUAGAGUUCUACUGGAGAGGUGGAGAUAAUGCAGUCACUGGCGUGGAGAGGAUUGAGCUUCCUCAGUUCUCCAUCGUGGAAUAUAGACUGGUGUCAAAGAAUGUUGUCUUUGCCACAGGUGCCUAUCCAAGACUAUCACUGAGCUUCAGGUUGAAGAGAAACAUUGGAUACUUUAUUCUUCAAACCUACAUGCCCUCCAUACUGAUUACCAUUUUAUCAUGGGUGUCAUUCUGGAUCAAUUAUGAUGCAUCAGCAGCAAGAGUUGCCCUUGGAAUUACAACUGUGCUGACUAUGACAACAAUCAACACUCAUCUGCGAGAGACUUUGCCUAAAAUUCCAUAUGUUAAAGCCAUCGACAUGUAUCUCAUGGGCUGCUUUGUAUUUGUCUUCUUGGCCUUACUUGAAUAUGCUUUUGUCAACUACAUUUUCUUUGGAAAAGGCCCUCAAAGGCAGAAGAAACUUGCAGAAAAAACAGCAAAGGCAAACAACGAUCGCUCAAAGUUUGAAGGCAACCGGGUGGACACCCAUGGAAACAUUCUGUUAACAUCGCUUGAAAUUCACAACGAGGUGGCAAGCAACGAGGUCACCACCAGUGUUACAGAAGCCCGAAAUUCAACGAUAUCCUUUGACAACUCAGGAAUCCAGUACAGAAAACAAAGCUCACAUCGCGAAAGCCUUGGAAGGCGUUCGUCAGAAAGACCAGGCUCCCACAGCAAGCGGGGCCAUUUACGAAGAAGGUCUUCACAACUGAAAAUAAAAAUCCCUGAUCUAACAGAUGUGAAUGCCAUCGACAGAUGGUCAAGAAUGGUUUUUCCAUUCACAUUUUCUCUUUUCAACUUAAUUUACUGGCUAUACUAUGUUAACUGAGUGACUGAACUUUUUUAAAGGACUUCAACUAUAACAAGAGAAGUACUACUUGCCUGCACAGUUUAUAUAUAUAUUUAUACAUAAAUAUAUAUAUAUGAACUUAUAGACCAUACUCAUGUAUGUGUGAAUACAUGUAGCAAAGAAUUGUGUGUACUUAAAAGCACAUACUGCAAAGCAAAAGUAUAUGUAUGCACACACACAUGUACACAUUGAUUCUGAGGUUAUGGACACUUUAACAUAGAAUGCACUUCAGAGGAACUUUUUAAAUCAAAAGGCAGGUGUCAUCAAAACAACAAGCCUUGAGAAAGUUAGUGUUGUAUAUUAUCCCUACAAGACUUUGAUUGUCAUAGAAAUUUUCAAACCUGUAAACAUGUAUAAAGUCAGUACUUAGUAACAUUGUUUGUAAAUGCUGCCAUACACACUAAUCAUAGAGCAGUAGAGUUACACUGGUAAGUUUAAAGUAAGUCAUUUAUAUUGCAGAUCCAUCAACUACCAUUUAUUUUUCUUUUCUAAAAUUUCUUGGGUUUAUAUAUGUCAUAAUACUUUUUUUCCCCAUUCCUGAAUAGACAUUGUUUUUAAUGAUCUCUUGCUUUCUCUUCUGCAGUAAGCAAGGUGAUCAUGGGAGUGUUGCUCUAGGUCUUUGGAGACAUAUACAUGUUUAUAAUAUUUCAGACAAGCAUUUUAAGUGUCCAUCAACAGUGAAAUGCAUCUUUUUUAAGUACUGUAAAUGUACAGCACAUUUUCCUUCCCUUGGACUGGUUCCAGUUGCCAUGUCAUUUUGAAA